AUGACGUUCAUCAUAUUCUUCAUCUACAUAACUUUUGUUUACUCAGAGUUGCACACCUUCGUCACACUUUACACUGAAAUAAAUGGAAUUGCAGGAAUCCCAGAGUUUUCUGCAGUAACUACUCUGGAUGGACGACAGAUUGAUUAUUAUGACAGUGAGAUAAAGAAGCUGAUUCCCAGACAGGACUGGAUGAAGGAGUUUAUGUCUGGAGACAGAUUUAAAGAAUACGCUGAGAUUAGAGAACGAGUACAGCAGACCAACAAAAUCAACAUUACUGUUCUAAUGCAGCAACUCAGUCAGUCACGUGGUGUUCACACGUAUCAGAGGUUUUAUGGAUGUGGUUUGGGUGACUCUGGAGCUUUAGAAGGGGUUGAUCUGCACGGUUAUGAUGGAAAUGAUUUUAUCUCACUAGAUGUGAAGGAGCUCAGAUACAUCACAGCUGUACGAAAGGGAGUAAUAACAACAGAGAAGUGGAAUAAUGACAGAGCACAGCUUGAAUUACUGAAUGAAUACUACCGACAUGAGUGUGUUAACUGGAUAAAACAUUUCUUGAUGUUAAGAAAAGUGGAUUUAGAGAGAAGAGGUACUCCUGUAGUGUCUCUGUUACAGAGGCAUCCCUCAUCUCCUGUAGUGUGUCAUGCCACAGGUUUUUACCCAUCAGGACUAACUAUCAACUGGUUAAAAAAUAGAGAGGAGCACCAUGAGGAUGUGGAGCUUGGACAGCUACUACCAAAUGAAGAUGGUACCUUCCAGAAGACUUCUACCCUCUAUAUUACACCAGAAGAGUGGGAGAAGAACCAGUUUGUUUGUGAGGUAAAGCACAUGGGGAGGACCUACCGGAAGACUGCGGAUGAGAUCAAGAGUAACACCAUCUCAGUAUUUCUGAUAGUGCUGAUCUCUGUAGUUGCUGGAUCUCUGGUGAUUGUGGCUGUAAUUGUGAAGAUUUGUACCUGCUGGAAACACAGAGUCUCAGUUCAUGAAGACGAGACUCAAGCUGCUGUUAAACGCUACAAACACACUGAAUUGAUGAAGGAAUCUGAAGUGACUGAAGUGAUUUACACGUGUUUCGACACAGAACGAUGAUCAAACUCUCUGUGAUUCUGUUCAUAACUGCAUCUGGCUUUAAAUACUAUUACUGUUUCAAAUACAACUGAAGAUAUCAGUUUUGUCAGAAUAUUUUCAGGUGAUGUUUGACAGGCUUGUGAUCCUGAAUGAUAGAUACUGCAGAUUAACAAAGAUUGCUUUGCUUACACUGGAUAUUUGUUUCUGUCUGUCUGCCUUUAUCAAUAAAGUUUUCUCACUCUG